AGCAGCGUGGUAGCGUCUUCAAAUAUGGUAUAAAAAAAGAAUCGAAAUAGGUCUACUACUAGCCUUUACAAACUCAGCCCGGGCUGAAAUUUCAGCCUGGUUUUAAAAUAAUUCUGACGUGUCAUAAACACAGCCCAGGCUGAAACUUGCCAUGUAAUUGGCCGCGGUUUGCUGGGCUGAAAAGACACCAUGUAAUCAGCCCCUCAGGCCUAGGUUAUACGUCGCAUUUUAGUCGCGUUGAAUGCAACUCUAACAAUAGAUAAUAAACCCCAUAAAUCUGAUUGAUCAUCUCAUUAUCUAUUGUUUGAACUGCAUUCAAUGCAACUAGCCCUAAGCACUCGGCUGGAACAAAUGACUCUGAAACAAAGAAAUACAAAGAUAUUCACAAUGCGCAUUGCAAGUGGGUACUAGCACGCAAACAGUCAACCUCUCCUUGCUCGUCGUUGGAAGAACGAAAAUGGCCAACGAUAACGUUGAUAAUUUCCAGGUACGAACAAUAACUGAGUCAUCAACAGUCUUGAAGAAAUUCUUCAUAGAUUUAUUAGAAGAAGAAGGCUGGUUUCCUGGUCGAGAUGACAUCGAUAUCUUCCUUGCUUGUGAUCCAAACUCUCUUUAUGUUGGUGAGUUGAACGGAAAACCUGUCGCAGCUGGUGCUCUGUUUAAGUAUAACGAGGAAUACGGGCAUUUUGGAUGUUAUGUAACCAACAAAGAUCACAGAGGAGGAGACUAUGGUUUUAAACUGGCCGCAGAAUCAUGGCGACGAUGUCAACCUAUUGAAAAUUUAGGUGGCUUUUCUGUUCUCGAUAUGAUUGAAAAGUACGGAAAGUCAAUGGAUGCUGUUGCCCACUGGCCGAUGGAAAGGCAUAUCGUGGACAUACCAACGGCUUUAUCCUUCCUCAAAGAUGCCAUUUCUUCCAAUGCAAGUCCGCCAUUUAGUAUCAAGCAAGUCAGCGACGUUGAUUUAAAGGCAUUGUUUGAUUACGAUACUAAAGUCUUUGGUUACAAGCGAGAGAAAUUUGUUGAUCGUUUACUUCAGGUUAGUCACGCUCGCGUGGCUGUGGGUCAACAACAUGAAAUUGUCGGUUAUGCCGCAGCAAGGGUGUUGUACAACCCAGAUAACGGGUAUAGAGUGGGCCCCGUGUUCGGUGAAUCGAUUGAAAUUGCCAAGUGUCUUUUGGUUGAAGUUUUUUGACUUUUUCAAGACAUUUUGCAUUCCGGAAAAUCUGCCAAACAAGCCGUUGUGAUAGAUCUUCCUCUUGGAGGCAACCCAGCCGCAAAUGAGCUCGCAAAUAUCCUGCAUGGUAAAUUUAUACUAAAAUGUGUAUUUGCCUCUAUUCAUGGCCGUUUGCCUAAGUCUAAUUUUAAGAAAUGGUUUGCAAUAACUAUGGUUGAAGCAGGGUAGUAUGUUCGAAGCAUAUUUAUUCGCCAUAUUUUAUAGAACAUUUGAAUAAGGAACUAUGAUUUUGACAGAUUGUGCUUGAGAUAUCCAAUGUAGCUGAAAACUGUAUUUUGUGUUUUUUUUCUAAAUUAACUGCACGGUUUCAGAAAA